AUGGAAGAAAACGGCGAACCAAUCGCCGCAGAUGUGCAACUAGAUGAAGAGAAACCAAAUAAUACCAACACGGACGAUGUCAGCGUUGAUGCUAAUGUUGCAGGGAAGCUAGAGGAAUCGAACGAAAAUAAACCGGAAUGUACAGACGACAACAAGCAGGCCAGUACCGAGGAAGCGGAAGCGACAAUUAACUCACCUGCUGUAAUACGCAGCCGUAGCGGUUCCCGGAACAGUCAUGCGUCGCAACAAGAUGAUCGGCGUGAGCGCAGCGGAUCGGAAGUUAGCGAAAUUCGGUCACGUAAAAGCCGUAGCAGAUCCCGCCAGAGCCGCAACUCACGUGCCCGUAGCUCAUCCAGCGUUAGUCGCAGCCGUAGCCGUUCCGGGAGUCGCUUGUCGUCGCGUCGCAGCAGCACUCAUCGGCGCGUCCGUACACCUUCCCGUUCACGGUCGAGGUCCCGCUCCGGUUCACGAUCUCGAUCCCGUUCUCGUUCCCGCUCUCGUUCCCGUUCCCGUUCUCGUUCUCGUUCGCAAUCACGUUCCCAGUCACGUUCGCGUUCUGGUUCUGGCUCACGGUCUCGUUCGCGUUCCCGUUCCGGAUCCGGCUCUCGCUCACGUUCCCGUUCUUUAUCCGGUUCCCGUUCGCGCUCGCGGUCCCGUUCCCGUGCCCGCUCACGUUCUGGCUCAGCGUCAAGCUCCCGCUCACGUUCCUCGAAGUCCAAAUCUGGCAGCAGAAGCGUUAGUCGAAGCGUUAGCCGUAGCGUGAGUCGAAGUAGAAGUCGCGACAGCUCGCGAUCUGUAUCCCGCAGCAAAAGCCCGUCCAUGGCAGCUGGCGAUGGUAAUGGUAGCGAUGGAGGAGAGGAUGCUGCCGGACCGAGCACUUCCGGAGGAGGAAAACACAUGAAGCAAACGAAACGUAUCAUAGACUCAGAUGACGAUGACAACGAGGACGAUGCCGGACUUCGGGAUGAACAUAAGCGGGAAGACGAUCCGGACGAUGCCGGCUCGGGAGUGGAAGAUGGAGAAAGCCUCACCGCACACAAGGGUGGCAAACAGGCGAUCAUUGAUUCCGACGAUGAAGGCAUCAAGGACGAUGGUUCAGAAAGGGGACAGUUUAUGUCGGACUUUGACAUUAUGAUGGCGCGCAAGAAGGAGGAAAAGUCCCGGCGCCGCAAACGGAAUGAUAUCGAUCUGAUCAACGACAAUGAUGAUUUGAUUGCGCAGCUACUUCAGCAGAUGCGUCAGGCAGCGGAACAAGACCGUCAACUGAAUAUGGAAUCUAAACCGGCGACGAAAAAAAUCGCCAUUUUAAAACAUGUGAUGUCGCAGCUAAUCAAGAAAGAUCUGCAAUUGGCGUUCCUCGAGCACAACGUGCUGAAUGUGCUAACCGACUGGAUCGCUCCUCUGCCCAACAAAGCUCUACCGUGUUUGCAGAUUCGCGAGAGCAUCUUGAAGCUGCUAUCUGAUUUUCCUACCAUCGACAAGUCCUACCUGAAGCAGUCCGGAAUUGGUAAGGCGGUUAUGUAUCUGUACAAACAUCCGAACGAAACGAAGGGCAACCGUGAACGAGCCGGCCGGCUGAUAAAUGACUGGUCGCGGCCAAUCUUUAACCUGAGCACCGAUUUCAAGGCAAUGUCGCGCGAAGAGCGCCAGCAGCGUGACCUGCUGCAAAUGCCACGCAAACGCAAACCCUCUGCAGAUUCCUCCGCUUUAUCCGCCAAAAGCCAAAAGGGAUUGCCGUUCACCGAAGCAGAAAAAGGAGCUUUACGACCGGGUGAUAAAGGUUGGGUUCAGCGCGCUAGGGUACCGAUGCCAUCCGACAAAGAAUACAUCGUACGGCCGAAAUCCAAAAUCGAUGUGGACAUGAGCAGUAUUGCUAAGAAGAAGCUGAACCGGUAUGAAAAACAUUUGAAGAAAUUCAUCGACCAAAAGAGACUGAACUCUACGCGCCGUGCAGUAGACAUUUCCAUCGAGGGACGAAAAAUGGCACUCUAGAC